CUUAAAUAGUGCUAGUAGCUGUAUAUCGCACCAAUGUAUUUUUGGUAAUUUCAUUACGCGUUCGAAAUGGUGCCUUGGAUGGGCAAAAUAUUUAUACUAGCAGUCCUAAUAGGGCUGGCUUGGGCCGAAGAGGAAGAGAAAAUGGACGUACACUUCGAAGGCAUGGACAUCAUUGACGGAUCGGAGAACUACUUCCACUACAACUACAGCCUUGACAAGAAAUCCGAAACGGCCUUCUCGGUGUCCGGGUUCAUUUCGCAGCUGGUCCAGCUGGACAACGGCUACGGCCUGCGUAUGAAGCUGAGCCGUGCCAACCUGGACGCUCCGGAACCGGCCCAGUACGAGGAAAUGCUCGGCGUGGAGAAACCAGUGUGCGAGUACAUGACUUCGAUCUACAAGAUGUACUUCUACGAUUCGCUCAAGGACAUCAGUAACUUCCCGCACUACGACACCUGCCCGCUGGAGCCGGCCGAUUACUGGUUCAAGGAGUACACGUUCGAUGCGGCGGAGUACCAGGCCUUCAUGAAGGAUGGCCAGUACAAGAUGGAAAUGUAUUUGAUCAAGGGAGACGAGCCGAUUGCUGGAGGGGUUUCCAGGAUGCGAGUGGAGCCGGCCUCGGGCAAUGAAUAAGGAAUUAAUUUCGAUAACAUAUUACACACUUAUUGUAGACAUUUCGUUAACAUAAUAUAUAUGAAUAAAGAGGUUUUAUU